UUAACAUAUUACUUUGUUUUCAGCAAAUAUACCUCGAAAAGUAUCAUUUCAGACUAGAGGAACAGAGGUAACCUAAUUCUUUGAAUAUGAUUUGAGAGAGCUAGAUCAAGUGGACGAAUUAGCUAUGGUUUUAAUGAUGCCAUAAAACAUUCAUCAACAAGGUUUUUAAUUAUGAUGUAAAUCUUUCAUUUUGUAGGAAACUACUCCAGAGUCAACACCGAGCUCAGUAGAAGAGAGACAAACAGCCAGAAAGCGCCAUCUUAAAGACUACUGUCUAAAGCAUAGAUUCAAAAAAAUACCAACCAAAACACAAUUUAAAUUUAUUGUUGUAGAUGAUGAGCAUAAAAUCAUGUUUUGCACAAUCCCGAAAGUAGCUUCGACAACUUGGAAAAGGGUGCUGGCAGAUCUACGUGGGCUUAAGCAAGGAAUAUUCGUUCACAGACCAGGCUUAUGGCGUCGUCUCAAUGAGUACCAGGAAAAAGAAAAGUGGCUUCGACUUAAAACUUAUUUUAAAUUUGUUUUUGUUGGGGAACCUCUGCAUCGCCUCCUUUCUGCCUUUAAAGACAAAUUUAUCGGAAAGAAUCGUAACUUUAGCAAAAACAUUCGAAAAGUAAUUGUGAAAGUCUUUCGACCCAAGGAUUUUGACCCAAAUGGAGAUAAUAAUGUUACCUUUUCAGAAUUCGUCCAGUAUUACUCCCGUGACGUCAAAGCACGUAAUCCACACUGGCGGCAAUACGAGGAUCUUUGCCAUCCUUGCGUCAUAAACUACGAUUUUAUUGGUCACUUAGAAACCUUGGAGGAGGAUGCCAGUCUUCUCUUAAAGAUGGCGGGAAUUGAAGAUCGUGUAAAGUUCCCGCCGAUACAUAAUUCGACCAGCUCACGUGAGAUAUUCAGUUAUUAUUCCACAGUUGCCCCUGAAUACAUUACUAGGCUUGCCGAGCAAUAUCGCAAUGACUUUGAGCUUUUUGGUUACGAAUAUCUUGGCGCCGUAAAACAGCUACUGAAUCAGUCCUCUGUUGACAGUGAUUGAUGCAGAUGUGUACUGCGUCCUUGCGUGAUCCUCUGGUGAAGCCGACAUUUCAUCUUUCUUUACAUAGCAAACAGAUUCAACCAAGUUUUUUAGCUCAUCUAAUUAAAUACCAGUCUCCUUCUCAAGCAGGCUAACAGAAAAUGUUUCGAGUUUUCCCAAGCGUUAAGCGUUAGUCCACAUGUUAAUAUCAGUCGUUACCUGGCACUUAACAGGUUAUUUCAUGUUGAGGAAAAAAACUUGCAGUUUUGUUGUGAAGGUAAAAAAAACUAAGUUUCUGACUGAGUAUUCUUUUUCAGCUCCCUCCUGCUCUCAUUAAUUAGAAAUACUCUGCCACAGCCGGAAAGCCGUGGGAGAGGUAGUUACCCAGGCUACCUGAGGGAUCUCUCUCCCCCUCUCCCCCACUCUCUCCUUCUCCCUUUCUCUAUCCUGUGAACGUUCAAAGGAAGUAUAAAAGGAGGCAACGCGGG